AGCUAUUUUUCCGUCAAGCGGCCAUAUUGUGGAGGAAAUUUUAAACACAGGCGACGUUUUUCGCCGCAAGGUCACUUGCCCUCAAUUUUGAGUGCGCGGAUAGUUUGAAAAGCAGCGAUAAACCAUGCCACCUCUGUUUGCCUUCGUCCUUGCUGAAAACAGGCAGGUUUUUCAGCCCGGAGAAACAAUUUCUGGCGCUCUGUUGCUCAACACAGACAAGGACAUCAACCUUAGAAGUGUUCGUGUCGAGCUACACGGACUCGGUCACGUUCGAAUUCGUUCUGGUAAAGUUACUUAUGAAAGAAAAGAGACCUAUCUAAGUUUUCAAUCGAUACUUCUUGGCAGAGGUCCGUUUCAAGGCGGAAGUGACGUAAAGCUUCAACCCGGAAAUUACAACUUCCCGUUCCAGUUCCCUCUCCCUCCUCACAGCCUGCCGACCUCAUUUGAAGGCGACUAUGGCAGUGUAAGGUAUUGGCUUCACGCUGUGGCGGACCGGCCGUGGAGAUCUAACCUUCAAACCCACAGUCCGCUUUUUAUCGUCGAGCGCGUACAGGUUAACGACGCUACGUUACUCGAACCAAGCAUGAAACGAGAAGACCGUAUGCUAGGAUGGCCUUGUUGUCCAUCAGGUCAGCUGUAUGCCAAGGCGCGUAUAGACCGGCUGGCCUACUGUCCUGGUCAGGAGGUCAAGAUAUCAGGAAAUAUCAGCAAUGAGAGUGGCAAACAAGUCUUAGGAACUGAAGUACAGCUUGUGCAAAGGGUGCUCUUUAAGGCGCCUCAGGGUACGACACGCACAUGUACUGAAAAGGUUUAUGUCGUCAAGAACGAGCGAGGACUGGCACCGGGAGAGGAGACUAGUGUUGAGUUUGAUUCGUUUGUCAUUCCAUCUGUUCAACCAACAACCAAGGGAUUCAAUUGUAUCGAGAUAUCCUACGAAAUAAGGUUCAUUGUGCGAGUGGCCAAAGCCUUCAACACCGAUAUAACAUUCCCAGUUGUAAUAACCACGGUACCUCCUAGCGCCCAGCCUUCUAUCGACCCAGUGCUAAGUCAACAAAUCUACAGAGCCCUUGCCAAUUACCUGGCGUCACGUGUUGCUGCUGAAUUAGCCAAUGAUAAUGCGGAAGAGGAGACCGAAGUGGGAGGCCAAACUGUUAGCGAUGGAUCGGGGGCUUCAGCCAAUGGCCCUCCUGACGUUGGAGUUCAAAGAGGCGAGAGGCCUGGGUCUGCUACUGGCCGGCCGUAUCAUUAUUCAAGAAUGGUGUAGAAUAUUUUCCUACACCUUUACCUUUACAUUUCGUAGUUUGAGACCCUCCCAAGGACAUCGUUUAUUUAUUCACCGUUUAAGGUUUCGUUUUAGGUAGAUAGCAUUUCACACGGAAGGCUAAUGUCAGCUCCUGUUGCAUUGGGAAGUACAUUAUUUUAGUUGUAGUGCUGAAAACCAAAAAGAAUAAUGGUUGGUCAUGGAUGUUAUCAUAUAUCCAGUAAAUUAAACUAAGUUCCAGUUAGCUAGAAAUAUGAUGUUAUGCAGUGGGCCUUUGCCAUUCAGAUUGAGCAAACGGGCGGAGCUAAGGUACUUGUAGAGAUUAAUUAUUAACUCUAGUUGUUUUUUUUUCGGGGGACCAAGUGCAUCGCCCGUAAUAUGGAGAUACCCAUAUUAUGAAGAUGUCCGUAAUAUAGAGUCAGUUGGAGUUUCUACUGAUGAAUGAUGAAUGGUGUAUUUUAUGGGACCAAGCGAAUCUUUAUAUUAAAGCGAGUUCUAUGUUAUGAAGGUGUUAAAGUUAUCCGUAGAGAACAAGCUUAUUCCCGGGUUCCGUUCAGCCUGCAUCGCAAACAGUCUAAAUCGCCGGUGUGGACUGUACCGGG